UGAAAACAGAAAGACCUCCCCGUUUAGACAGAUUUAGUCAGACAGCCUGUACACAAGCUGUUCCAAAUCAAAGCAAACCCAAAGGUGUGUUUUGCAGUGGUAAUGUCAAAUUAAUGCCACUACUCAAGUGAUAUCGGAACUAGUUUGUGACAAUGAUUUUAGUCGUGUACUGUAUAGUCUAAUAUGAUUUGUGUAAAGGGCAUGUGAUAUCUGAGCCUUUCUAAUGACAGAUGUUACAUGUGUCAAUCAUGCUGGCUAGAUCUCAUAAUGUUGUCUGGCUGCUAACAAACUAAUCUGGAGCAGGAGAUUGACAGGGAAGCACCUUUUUACUGAGAAAUUCUUCUAAACGAAGGCGGACAGUUGGCAGGUAGUAUGUGUGAUGUGCAUGUUGCUAAUGUUUGAUCCGUUCAAUGUUCAAGCCAAGAUGGAUUGAGUCGAGAAGUCUCAGAGUAAACUGUACACUCGGGGCUUCAGAAUAAUAAUAGAAUAAUUCAAAGUAAUUGCUUAAUUGAGCCACAGACUUUUGACCAGUGAGCUGUUAGUUUUGCUUGAAUACCUAACUUACUUUUUCAGUAAUCUAAUCAUUACAUUAUUAAAUCACAUUACAGGAUUACAGAUGGUGAUUGCCGUGUAGUUUUCAAUUCUGAUAAACAAAAACAUCAGCUAUAUCGAAUAGAAUAAAAUUAAUGAUCCCCAAGGGGAAAUUGUGUUGUUACAGUAGCAAGCAGAAAGAGUAAAGUGACUCACCACACUAUAAAAAUUAAAGAUAUAAUAUGAAUAUAAUAGAAAAAUAUACUAAGAUACAAAAUACACAAUGAAGUGUAAAUUAUACUAUGAAACAUAAUUUAAAUGAAAAGUUGCUCAACUUAUAAUGUCCAAAGAUGAGAUAAUUGAAGUGAAUAAAAUAUAUUCUUGUGAUAUAUACCAGAUGCAUUCCAGUUAUUAUCAUCUGCUAGCGCUAGCUGUCCAGCACUGAUCAAUAGCUGAAAUGAUAGAAAAUGGCAUGCACAGGCGGCUGUCUCUAGACUCCUCACUCAGCUCAUUUUGUAGUAUGGCUAACUCAUAAAACGAUCUUUGUUAAAAAAAAAAAAAAAAAAAAAAAAAAUCUUCAGAUCUUUGCCUUCAUUUUUAUUAGGACACGGGUACUGGGAGGUUGUAGUGAUGGGACAUUUUACAUGGUGCAGUGGCUUGCUUAAACUAGCUGUUUAUAUUUGGCUUGUGGUUGUUUUUUAUAGCAGGAAGUGAUACUCUUCAUACUUGUGGAGGCAUUUCAAACAGAUAUACUUAAAGCUGCAUAUGACACAAAAGCAUAAAUUUAUUGCAUAUGUAUAGUUUUGAGCUGAGAACUUUUAUUUUUAGAGUUGCGCUACUUAACCGAUGGUGGAUUUUCAGUAUUUCCCAACCAUCACACUUCCACAUCCAGUCCUGAGCUAUAUAAUGGCUGUCCGUUCUCUUGGUGAAACACUGGAAUGAGUCAUCAGGGGUUGGAGGACGGAGGUUGUUGUCAUCCCGGCCUGUCGUGCUCAGCUCGGCUCUCUGAUGACAUCACCAACAUCUACGCUGUGCUUUGUUCCAGCGUUGUUGUUUUGUUUUUUUUCGUCGGUUCAGGUCUUCUCCUCUUGCUGCGUGUUGGUAGGUGACUAAGGCAACCACAGAGAUGAGCUCAUCACCUGUAGGUGGGGCUGAGAGGGGGAGUGUGAUGAUGAGGAGGGAAGGAGACAAUUAGAUAGGGAAGAGGAGUUGCACAGGGACAGAUGGGAUGUCUGAGAGAGACAGAGUGAUACAGAGGAAGAGACAAUUGAAUGGCACCGAGAGUGAUGAAAGACGAUAACAUAGUGAGAAUGUGAGAAGCUGAUGGAGCCACACAUACACCUGAACCUGUACAAGCAACUCCACGUUGGUGUCAGGCCGACGUGCUAGCUCAGUACCUGGUAGGAUUCCUGGAAACCUUCCACCACGGCAGCAGCGUUUCCAGGUACUGUCCUGUCAUGCAGUUCCAGGAGGUUGGCCAGCAGUGGAGCUGACACUGUCAGCGAGCCCAGCCGACACUACAGCAGCUCCAUCUCCAGCAGACCUUCACCUCCCACUGCCCUCUUCUCUCUCCAGCCACUAAUUUUACCCCAGGGGAGGAUUGUUCUUACGCGCCCUUGGCUGCCGAGUCCAAUCCCAGAAACUGUCCUGUGCUUGCUACCUCCUCCAACAAAAAAGGAGCCUGGGCCUGUAUCUGCAUUCUGCUGCAAGCCGGUCCUCCUGGCGAUACUUCAGCACCUUAGACUGUCUGUUCACAGUCGUCCAGCAUCCUGGGAACUUCUGCAGCAGCCGCCCUUACAAGAUCCGUGGCCAAGCACAAAGUGAAGGCAGCUGUGUACCAGGAAAUAUCCAGGAUCUACCAGCAUCAUGUCGAGUCGACGCAAGGCCUCCACGCCCUGCAUGAUCCGACCAGAGCAAACCAUGGUGGAGCUGGAUGAUGAUGCAGAGGAGUUACACAACAUGGAGACAACAACGGAGAACCAUACUCAGGGGGAACCUAUGGAUACAGAUCUGUCAACACAAGCAGAGCUGUCGAUGGCCUCGGAUCUAAUGGGAAAGGCCUCGGACCCCCCCACGGCUCCUGACAAACCAGCAGCGGAGCCACCAGACAUUUCAAAGCCUCAGCGUAGACAGCAGGGGGGCUACGAGUGCAAAUACUGCCCCUUCUCCACGCAGAACCUCAACACCUUCAAAGAACACGUAGAUGCCAACCACCCCAACGUCAUUCUCAACCCGCUGUACCUGUGCGCCGUCUGUAACUUUAACACAAAGAAGUUCGACACCUUGACGGAACACAACGAGCGGUGUCACCCCGGGGAGAGCAACUUUAAGUUCAAACGCAUCAAAAUGAACAACCAGACAAUCUUGGAACAGACAAUAGAGGGCUGCAGCAACAGUGCUGUCAUUUACAACACUUCUGGUGCCAUUUCUGGCAAAGGGGACGAACUCGGCACUUUGCCACUGAGCAAACCCACCACAGUCAAGAUUGGUAAACCAAAAAUAAUGGAUAACAAACGGACAGAGUCUCAGUUGGCUAAACUGACCCCCGAUCUGGCCAAGAAACCAGUCACAGCGCUCAACGUGAACGGGACGGUCAUCAUACCAGAGUCGACUCUCUUCAAAGCAGACGGCCUUUCUCACAUCAUGCCUUCCCUACAGCGGCCUCUAAACUAUACCCAGGUGCCGAAGAUCGCAGUGCCCCUGAACACAACCAAAUACAACCCCUCCCUGGACGACAACCUGACACUCAUCUCCUCCUUCAACAAGUUCCCCUACCCAACACAGGCCGAGCUGUCCUGGCUCACCGCCGCCUCCAAACAUCCAGAGGAGCAAAUCAAAGUCUGGUUCACCACACAGAGGCUCAAACAGGGCAUCAGCUGGUCCCCCGAGGAGGUGGAAGAAGCCAGGAAGAAAAUGUUCAACGGUACAAUCUCCUCCGUGCCUCAGACUUUCACCGUGGUUGCUCCUCAGCUCAGCUCCCAGCCAUCGACCAACCAGUCCGCACAAACGUCAACGUCCAAAUCCCUGCAGUCGGCAACCUCGGUCCUCCAGUCCCUCCCCUGUCAGCUGCUGGGACAGACCAGCCUCGUCCUGACCCCCGUAGCCAACGGAUCUACUGUCACUUGUGCACCGCUGGCUCUCACAGUGGCAAACCAGGUGGCCCAGUCGCUCAAACGACCUUUGGCAUCUCCUGUGAUCGCCACAGAGAGCAAGCGACCCUCCAUCAUUCAGACCAUCUCUGCGCCCAUGGCCACAUCCAAGCUGGCAUCACCCAAAGUGCUGAGUUUCACAGUUGACCCCAAUAAAACAGCAGAACAGCUGUCAGUGCUGAGGUCCAGCUACACACAGUGUCCCUUCCCUGAGGAAGAUGAGAUCUACAGACUGAUAGAAACCACCGGGCUUUCCAGAGGAGAGAUUAAGAAGUGGUUCAGUGAACAGAGACUCCUCAAUCUCAAAGGUGUUCCUCCGCCACCUGUGCUGGUGAAAGCAGAGGUAACACCACCACCUAAAGACGGCCCAGUAAAGAAAGCAGUUCCCAACCAGUUCCCACUGCUGGAGAGAGUGAAGGGGAAAUCAUCAGAGCAGCUGAAGGCGCUGGAGGAGAGCUUCCAGAGAAGCAGCUCUCCAACAGAGGCAGCAUUAGACCAGCUGGCCCAGGAGACCAAGCUGUCCAAGACGGAGGUGGACUGCUGGUUUUCAGAGCGCCGGGCGCUGAGAGAUAACAUGGAGAAAGCUUUGCUCACCAUGGCCUCCAAGAACUCGGAGGAGCGAGCCGAGCGGCCGGGAGCGCUGCUGAACGGGGCUUCACACCGAGAGCAGGACGGGAAACCUCUGCGCUCCUCCCCUCACCCGCCCGUCCUCUCAUCUUCCUCCUCCUCAUCCUCCCCUCCUGUGCUCGCAGCAUCCUCCCCCCGUCCACCGACCCACUGCUCAUCUGCGUCUCCGCCCAUCCUCACUUCAUCCUGCUCCUCUUCUCCCCAUCCUCCCAUCCUGUCGGCCUCCACGAGCCCAGCUCCUGUCAGCAGCCGCUCGCUCACACUGCUCAGGGAGAUGUUCAGUCGGACCCAGUGGCCAUCUCCUGAGGAAUACAUCCAGCUGGAGGUCCAGACAAGCCUGGGACGCACCGACAUCGUCCGCUGGUUCAAGGACCACCGCUCGGCACUGAAGAAUGGUGAAACUUUAGACUGGAUGGAAGGCGUCCAGAAUCAAAACCUUGCCGAGCAGCAGAAAGCCGGCCAGGAACAGAACGGCCAGAGUUCUGAGAAAAACCAGAGCGUCUCCUUGGAAGUCAAGACUUUGAAAGUGGAGGAGGCUGGUGAGAAGGUAGCAGCUACAGAGCACUCCAGACAGUCUGAGCAAGACAAAGUCCAGUGGUUGACUGACAGGUUGUCCCACCGUGUGACAGACCUGAGCCGGGCCAGGCCGGACCAGACCAGCCCAAACAGCGCUGACAAAGGGAGGUGGGUAAAGGUGACUGUGGCGGUGGGAGAGGAGAGCGAAGGAGGAGUGGAAAGACCGAGGCUGGCAACGGACACUGACGUUCUGACCUUGGAGCAACCAGGAAGGGUCACUGGUUGAUGGUAAAGUAAAUCAUUGACUGCUGAGUCACCAUGAGACGACUCAAGAUGACCAAACGUGGAACCAGUGAUGUGUCUGCCUGUGAUGUCAUCACAAAGCGACAGAGACUUUGGCUGUUAAAGCACUGAUGCGAGGUGCAGACGCUGACAUUAAGAGGAGUGCCAAAGCUGGACUUGAUGCAUUGUUCUUACUACUACGCUUUUUUUUUUUUUUUUUAAAGAAACACCCCUUGUAAAUAUUUUUCUGUAUUACAAAAAAAAGUUUGUACAGUUUUACUGGGAGGGCAAGUUUUGUUACAUUUUUUAAAAAAAUCUGACUGUUGCCCCGAAACCUGGAAUGUUUCUCGUUGUUGUUUUCAAAGAUCAAAGUGUAUAAUAAUCUGUUAUUUGAUGAAAAUCAGUCCUAUUUUUUUGAGAAUCAUACAUGCGCACUGCUCAUUAUGAGUAGACUUUGAUGGCACUUGCAUAUAUCCUCAUGGUAGUGGUAGAUAUCAUCAUACUAGACCGCUUCAUCACAAACUAACUCUUCCUUCUCUCCUGCAGCGUCACCUUAACUUGCCCUCACAGAGUUAUGAAGAUGGUGGUUGUAAAUCACUCAGAAGUGCUAGAGGGGCAAGUAGAAGGAUGUUUUGGGCAAUCUGAACACACAGCUCACUGCUGAGAGACCAGAGAAUGAACACAAAUAGCCAUGUGGUCAGACCAAGGCUAACAGCGUUAGGACGAAUGAAUCAACACACUGUACAUCCUAAAUGCCAGAAUCUUUUCUCAUGAGCUGGUUCUUGCAUCAGUACCUGAGGCUAAAACAGAAUGUUCUCUUUCCUGAUAUAGCAAUUAUUAAUUACAGAGAGCAGAAAGUGGAGUGUCUGUUCGAUCACACCAUGCUGCCUUUUCAGCUCCUAUCUGACAUUUCCUGUCUGCCUCAGAGGUGGUAGAUUACAUACAUACUGGUUGACGAUUUCAGCUUGUUUUAAAAACUUGAAAUAUUCUUGACUGAACCUCGUCAAGAACAUACUGGUGAAAACGCAUGACAAAAUAAUCCUUUAUUUGAGCCAUUUCAGAUAUCCAUUUUGCUCAGCUGUGAUAUGUGAACACACCUUGUCUUUUCUCUGUCCGGCUUUAGGUAGGUUCUUCUGUUCCAAGCGGGACAGCUGAUUUCUGUACACGCAGUUCAGGACAACCAAAAUGGGGGUUCAUGAAUGUUUAAGAGGCAGAAAAAAAAUGACGGAACAAUGCUGAUUUUCUAAAGAAAAAAAAUGGGGGAAAAAAGGAUUUGGAAUGUCACAACAGCCAAAGCUGUCAUGAACUGCUUGCAUUUCAACAACUUUUUAAACUCAUUUUCAAACAAGAUUUAAAACAAUAUCUGUGAUUUCUGGAUCAAAGUACAAAUCCAUGCAGUAUUUGUGCAGGAAAUAAAAAGUUAGGUUGCCAUUUAACUCUGGUUUGAACAGCAGGUGUACUUGCUGUUUGCUGGCUGAAUGUCGCUGCUGCUGCUGCUGUUGCUGCUGCUUUAGUUUCAUGUUCAGACAAGUAUCUGGAAUACUGUACGUUUGGUUGGCUGGAAACGGAAUACUGCUUGCAUUUUCAUUUUCUACUUUAAGUCUGCUGUAGCUCAAUAAAAACACAACCAACUGUAAAACUU